GGCUAAAUCGAAUCAGGACAGUGAUCUGAAUAAACGGAUCAAAUCACUGUCCCCAAUUCAAAUCAAAUAUGACCCGUUUCACACACCCCAAUGGGUGUGUCAUUGCCAUGUUUCCUCCAGGAUGUGGGCAUACGCGUUUUUCUUGACAACACACCAGCUGUUCAGAAAGUGAGGUGGCUUAGAAUUAUAUCCAUGGCUGAGUGAACUCUAUUCGGUCACCACCUUUUGUGUAACCAGGUAAUGCAUCUUGUUUUUUGUACAGCAUGACAAAGAAGAAUAGACAUCAAAGAGAGGUGGUAAAGAGGCAAAUGUUCAUUUGUCUUAAUGGCAACAUUUUUCUGGAGUUGCAAGGUGUAGGGCAUAUCAACAUUAAGAGUAUUAUUGAAGUCAGUUGAUUUAAUUUUGGGUGAUGUCUCCUCUCCUAACUCUACAAUGCUGAAAACGGUGGUAGAAAUAUGUAAAUAUUUGUUAGUAUUUUCGUAUUGGCCUAUAGUACUUUCUAUUUUCAAACACUCAACAAAUGUUUGCAUCUCAGCAAUAUCAUAUUGCUCUUUGGGGUAUACUAGACACAGAAUUGUGACCUAUGACUAUUCAUUUAAGACUAAUAGGCAUACUUGCAUUCUUGUGAAACUGAAUGUAUAUAGCACUAAAUAUGAUUUUAGUGUCAGAUUUAAUGUUGCAAUUUUGGAUUCUGAUAAAAAUUACUGAAUUAUAAAAAAUUGUAAUCUAUCUGUGUAAUUUAUAUUAAUGUGCUAAUUAAAGAGAUGGGUAAAACUCUCAGCUGGUUUAGCCUGACUGUCAGCUGAUGAUUUGGUUCAUACAAUUCAGGUAAACCCAAAAUAAUGCAAGUAGAAUGGGGAAAUUUUUUUUUUUUUCAAAUGAGCUAACGUCCCCCUGCUUGUCUCCAACUAAUAUGCUACUGAGCUUUAUUAGAUUGACAAAAGGCUAUUUUUCCUAAUACACAAAGUUAUUUGGGAAUUGAUCCCUGCACCAUGCUAUGUCACUGGUCUGGAAAGCAAACAUUCAUAUGACAGCUGUAAACAAGCCAUAACCCCAGAACCCAUUUUGCUUGCAGUCCAGUGGCUGAGUCAAUUAUUAUGGAACCAGGGAAUAGCUUGCUAGAUUCCUGUGGUGUGGAAUGAAUCAUUUACAAAGCCUAGCGACCUACUGGUUUGCUCUUACAGUUUAGAGAUGACUAUUAGUAGAGCUGCUGCUGUUACUAACAUUGGUGUUCUGGAUAUUUGCCCAAUCAUUCAUUAUCUUUUAAGUAGGAUUCACGAGUCAACUAGUGAGAAAGCACAGAAAGGAAGACACUAUAACAUUACCGUUAAGUAUGCUGAAUCGCUGUUCAAUGGAAAACCAUUGGGAAAUCAAGGAGAAAUGGCCUCAAUGCGCACAGCUGGCUCCCCAUAAAAAAGUGAAACAAUUCCCACCCCCCACUCUUGUAUAACCUACCAAAAGGAAAAUAAAAAAUGUAAGAAUGUCAGUGUAAUCACAACAUAGAUAUAAAAUGUGAGUGCUAUCAUUGCUAUUCAUACCUUUGUAAGCUCAGCCCAUUCAGCAACAAGAUCAGAGGCAGAAGCUACCCACACCUGGAUUUCUCCUGCCUUCAGACACUGCUCUUUCUUUGGGCUUCAUAAAUCAUAAUGUUGGCCAAGUCACCCUCAGUACUUCACUGGUCUCUCUCUCUUGGAACUCUGUGCAUUAGCCCUUUUAUUUUGUCUGUCUUCUACAAACAACUAACUCAACUGCUAGCAGAUGCCAAAGUUCAGCUGAGAAGAACUUCCAGAACAGGAAAAAUGGUUCAAAUAAUGGUAGCUACUCAUUUUUACAGUUUUUUUAUUUAUUCUGGCUUUGUAGAGAGCUUUCUGAAGCUCCUUCCCACCUCCAACCUCAAAUUCCGGCACAGUAAUAAUGGUAUCCAGCAAGAUAUUUAGGCCCCAUUACUUCUUUCAGCCCUCUGUCUGGCUUUUCAAUAGGGCACCAAACCAUACUGACGUAUUGACUGUUCACAGUUUCUGUAAAGGUAGUAGGUAGCAACAUCAUUCCAAUAUGCCUAUUUCUGUAUUUCUAAAUUAACAGGAAAAAACUGAGUACCAAAUAGCAAACUAUUUCCACAGUUUGCAAUUCUUGGUUAUACUUCCUGCAUGCAUAUUUCUGUUUCUCUGGUAACACAGACUCUCUUAGUGACAUGCUGAAGGUCUAACUGACUUGGUCUAGGGACGUUGUAAUGUCCAAUGCUUUUUAAAAAAGGGGGAUGUGGGAAAACAUGACUUAGAUUCUAUUUCUAUGUGAUGGUGGCACUAAUUUGGAUGUGUCCUUGGCACAUUUGUGCACUUUCAGCCCCAAUUUUCUCACCUGUAAAAUGAGGUAGGUAAGUACUCUCUUUUGUUAAAUACAUUCUGCUCGUGCAAUGAAAGAUCAAAUGCUGGGCAUAUAAUAGUAAUUUUUUAUUAUCUUAAACUGUCAUUCAUCAUGACAGAAUUAAGGUUUUGUAAUGUCUAAAUUCUUAAUGCUUCAUCCAGAACUCAUUUAAUUCCAUGGAAACUUCUAUAAGUUUUGGAUCGCAUUUCUAAGAAGCAUACUGAAAUCAGUGUUUGAUGUAGAAGAUUGGACAUUUGUCAAUGAAGUUAAUGAACCUUGUAAUUUAAAAAAAAAUGAUUUUACAAAGCUGUGAAGGGCUUUUGUAGGGUUUUUUUGCAGGGUACAUAAUGAACAUAAUGUUAACAGCUGUUCUAACUUAUAUCAAAUGUACAAUGUAAAACCCAGGAGCGCAUGCAAAACUACCAGUGGGUAGGGACUCAGCCUGAAUACUACAGAAAUACAGAGCAAAAGACACUCAGUAGGGGUUCUUGUUUCUCCAUGGGUUAUUAGAUUCUGCUCACAACAGCAGCAGCAGCAGCAGCAAAAAUAAAAUUACUUUAAAGUUGAGGUAUGGUGUUAAUUUUUGCAAAGAGAAUAGUGGAAAAUAGGGGACCUGCUUUUCUUUUAGUCUCAUCAUUGUCUAACGAGUCACAUGGAUGUAAAACUAUUAUGAGCGCAUGGAGAAUCAAAUAUAACAUAAUGUGAUAUUUUACAUUUUUAUUAUGUCUUUCCUUACAACAUGCUUUUACAGGGUGCAUGCCUCAACACAUUACAAUUGUAUGGUAGCAUUAUGUAGUGGCCAUAAAGUUCAGGUUCAAUGUUUUCUGAAGCAUCCAGCUAAUUAGGGCAAUGAUCUGCUCCAGAAUGGCAACUCCAUUGAUGUUAUAAUGUAGUGUACUUUUUCUUAAAAGUAAAAAAAUAAAGCUGUGUUCGGAAAUUGAGUAGUCCUUGUGAGGACUAGUUUUUGUACUGCGUUUUCAUGACUAUUUUACUUUUCAGCCUGACUAAUCUAAAGCUUUCCCAAAAUAUUUUUAUAAUAAAAUCUCAGCCCUUUGGAGAUAACAGGUCCUUUUAACUGUAGUCCAGAUUGCCAGUUCUGUGCAUAAAAAAAAUUAUUGGAAAUAUAAAUCUUGUCUUUCAGUUAUCAAACAUUUUAAUUUUCACACAAGGUUUCUUUUUAUUUUGUGGUUUUGCUUUGGGCUUUUUUGUUUUGUUCUGUUCUGUUUUGUUUGUAUGCUACUGCAUUUUCUUUUCUUAAAAUAAUACUUUCAACAAAAGAAAAACAGGACUUGAAUUUGAAUGGCAAGAAAAGGUUUUUUAAUCCACAGAUUACUGACAUGGUGGACCCUAAAAGCUUCAAAGGAGUCAUUAUAGUCCAUCGUGUUAGUGUGUAGUUAGGGAGUUUAAAUCCAGGAUUAUGGACACAAUAGUACAUUAGUGCUCUUUCCCUCACAGUUGUAGUUUGCUAUGCCAAUUGAAGUUGGCAUGUCAAUCUGGACUCUGUGCUGCACAAGCACACUCACUAUGCAUACUAUCAAUCUUGUGAGAAAACGAAAAGCUGUGUGUGUACUCUAUGGCCAUAUUCCUUUGGAACAUAAUAAUUUGAAAUUAGCAAGGGUUCAACAGCCCACUGAGUCCAGUCCUAUGUACUUGCAGGUAUCCAUUUAUCUAAAAAGUCCAAAAGAACGUCCACUGCAAUCUCACACCACAGCCACAAAGCACCUUAGGAAAACAAAAUCAAAUAUACUCUGGAAUGUCCACAGAUAAAAAAAUCAGGGAGAUAAGGCCGAUGCCAAUGCCCUGCCACUGAAAUGGCAAAGGAAUUAUGUCAAUAUAUAAAUUUUCUUUUUUCAAAUACAAAAAAGCUCCUAUUUAUACUUAUGGCGUAAAGGACUAAAGUAACUAAAAAUACAUUCUUCAAUGAGGGAACAACUGAACUGAUGUUAAUGGAACAAAGCGUUGUGUAUCGGUGGGUGGCAGUGGGGGGGAACUCUCCAAUAAUUUUAAAUGAUAAAACAUAAUGUUUGCCCUUGAACCCCAGAGAUAGCCAAACAUAUUUUAAUAAUAUUUGGUGAACAAAUUGGGUUUUAAAAAUACUGCUGUACACUUUGCAUUUGCCACCUGAGCUAAUUUUUACAGCUGAGAUACAAAACCCUGAAAAUAGGGGUCUAUAAUGUAAAAAGCUCAAGGGGCCUUAACUCUAGUGUUCCUUUAAUUGGUCAGAGCAGACAUAUGGCACCUUUUAUUUUCCAAGGCCACAUUCUCUUUACAACUAUUUCAAGUUUUAUAGAUUUGUUAUCAGAUAUAGCAUGGAUACCUCAAAGAAAAAUUAACUGCCUUAAGUUUAAAAAUAGGACACAGAGGGGGAAAAAGUUAACCAUCGAUACAAAAAAGAAAGAAACACAACACAAAAUGUUGUGGCUGUCUGUGCCUUGAAAUUAUCCUAACUAAAUUACAAUCAUGCACUUUCCACUCUCUGUAAUUAAACAUUAGGUUUUAUUUAUUCUAGAUGUAUUUGCUUCAAGUAACCCUAGAUCCCUUUUUGUUACGGCAAAUCUUUUACAGGUCUCUGUGACCUAUAGGUACUUGAGGAAUAAAGCAAAUAUUUUCCAUAGAACAAGGCAUUUAAAGAUGAUUUUGUGAAUGCUUGUUUUGCAACUUAGUCUUGGGGCAUUUUGGUUGGCAGUUCUGUCGGUCGAUCCAAUACACAUGCUGUCUUGUAAUAGACUCUGCUUAUACAUAUUUUUGUAUAUAAACAAACGUAUGUGUAAUAGAUGUGUAAGACUAACUUUACUCUGACUACAAAGAAGUGGAGGCUGAGGCCCAUGCACAUGAGCACACCCUGUUCACCUGUUUGUCAAUUUUCCUCUUUAAAAAAUUCAAAGAAUUGUUUUUAUUUUUCUCCAUUUGUGCUUAUUCUUCAAUAUUCUUUUCCUUCUCUUAUAAAUUAGGACAGAAGACAUUCAUGGAGCCUUAAGGAUGACAAGUCCCCCCCACUUCUUUUUUUGAAGUUAGCAGGAAACACCAUGAUGCACCUGCUUCAUUGUUCUUUGCUCUUCCUGCUGCUACCACUCAGUUCCAGGACCCAAAAGUUGCCUACCAGAGAUGAGGAACUUUUCCAGAUGCAGAUUAGGGACAAAACAUUUUUCCACGAUUCAUCAGUAAUUCCAGAUGGAGCUGAAAUUAACAGCUAUCUCUUCCGGGACACACCUAAGAGGUAUUUCUUUGUGGUUGAAGAAGAUAACACUCCUUUAGCAGUUACUGUAACACCAUGUGAUGCUCCUUUGGAAUGGAAGCUGAGUCUGCAGGAACUUCCAGAAGAAGCCAGUGGAGAAAGUUCAGGUGAACCAGAACCACUUGAGCAGCAGAAACAGCAGAUUAUUAAUGAAGAAAGCACGGAGCUGUUCUCUUACAAAGGAAAUGAUGUUGAGUACUUUGUGUCCUCCAGUUCCCCAUCUGGCUUGUACCAGUUAGAACUCCUGUCAACAGAGAAAGAUACACACUUUAAAGUAUAUGCCACUACAACUCCAGAGUCAGAUCAACCUUAUCCUGAAUUACCUUAUGAUCCAAGAGUUGAUGUCACCUCUCUUGGACGCACAACAGUCACAUUGGCAUGGAAACCAAGUCCUACAGCAUCUUUAUUGAAACAACCUAUUCAGUAUUGUAUAGUCAUCAAUAAAGAGCACAAUUUCAAAAGCCUCUGUGCUGUGGAAGCUAAGCUCAAUUCUGAUGAUGCCUUCAUGAUGGCUCCAAAACCAGGUCUGGAUUUCAGUCCAUUUGACUUUGCCCAUUUUGGCUUUCCCUCAGAAAAUAAUUCAGGCAAAGAACGUAGCUUCAUAAAAUCUCCAAAGCUUGGGCGCCACUUUCCUCCAAAGCCAAGGGUUGAUCUGCAGAAAAUUUGUAUUGGGAACAAGAACAUCUUCACAGUUUCUGAUUUAAAACCUGAUACACAAUACUACUUUGACAUGUUUGCAGUUAACAUUGACACAAAUAUGAGCACCGCCUAUGUUGGCACCUUUGCCCGAACUAAAGAGGAAGCCAAACAGAAGACAGUUGAACUGAAAGAGGGAAAAGUUACAGAUGUAUUCAUCAAGAGAAAGGGAGCCAAAUUUUUACGGUUUGCUCCUGUUUCAUCACACCAAAAGGUCACCUUCUUUGUUCAUUCAUGCCUAGAUGCUGUGCAGAUCCAGGUUAGAAGAGAUGGAAAACUUAUCUUGUCUCAAAACAUUGAGGGCGUCCGUCAGUUCCAACUGAGAGGAAAACCAAAAGGUAAAUAUCUAAUUAGACUGAAAGGAAGUAAGAAAGGUGCCUCCAUGUUGAAGAUUUUGGCUACAACAAGACCUAACAAGCAGUCAUUUCCUUCUCUCCCUGAAGAUACCAGAAUCAAAGCCUUUGACAAACUUCGCACAUGUUCUUCAGUCACAGUGGCAUGGCUAGGCACACAGGAGAGAAAUAAAUUUUGCAUCUAUAGGAAGGAAGUGGAUGACAAUUAUAAUGAAGAACAAAAGAAAAGACAACAGAACCAGUGCUUGGGUCCAGACACAAGGAAGAAAUCAGAAAAAGUCCUCUGUAAAUAUUUUCAUAGCCAGAAUAUACAAAAAGCAGUGACAACAGAGACAAUUAAAGGUCUGCAGCCUGGCAAGUCCUACCUGCUGGAUGUUUAUGUCAUAGGGCAUGGAGGACAUUCAGUCAAAUAUCAGAGCAAACUAGUGAAAACAAGGAAGUUCUGUUAGUGACGUUGUAUAUAAAAAUAUAUGGAACUCUAAUCUGAACGUUAUCUUACUUUAAGUAUACAGAUUGACUACUUACACAGCUGAGAAGUUGUGACCUGUAUUUGUACUGUGUAGAAAAUAUAUCAACUUGUAUAUUUAUGUUUACAUAAGUACUUGUUUGGAGGAACUGAGCCUGGUGUUCUUUAUUGGCAUCCAGCAGUUGUAUUAUCAUUUGUCCAGCGGUCCACAUUUGAUGCUCAGUAGAUGGCAAAGGUAGCAAGAAACCUUGAAGAAACUGCCAUUCUUUUGCUUCCAUAUUGCAUGAACUGCUUCUAAAUUAUUUUAUUACUUAAAAGGCUGAGAUAAGUCAUUCAACCACCUUGUUAUUCACAUACAAAACCACACAGAAACAUUUUCUCUCUAUGUAGAUGGUAGGAUUUCGGUAAAUUAUUUUAUAAAGUCUUGUUUUAAAUGUCUAUGUUUCUAUGAUUGUAAACUAUUAAAAGCAUCUCCAUUAAAAUGCAGAUCUAAACUAAAUAUUAACUGGGCUGCAGAUCAGUCAGUGUCAUUGCUAAUGUAAAUUCUUAUCUGUUUGAUUUUAAUGUUUAAAUACUGUAUGUAUUUCAUGUACAAAGAUGUCAUACAUUAUAUUCCUGUACAUAAAAUUAAAAAUAUUAGAUUAUAUAUUGCUUCUCUUUUCUUGAUAUUCUGAGGGAGAAAAAAAGCACCCUAAAACUUAACAGUGUAACCCUGAAUGCUUAUGGAGUUUAUCUGUUGUUGUGUUUUUAAUGUUUUCAGAAAAGGGUGUCUGAAGAUGCCUAGAAUUACUAAUGCUACUGAGGAAGUUGUUAAAUGUGUAAGUGAUCAUAGGACAUUGAAAAAAAAGGCAGCUGUUGCAAACAUUGAAACUGCCGUGAUAUACCAUUAAAAAUGUAGACAGCAUGGAAAUGCUUUAAAAUAUACUUUGUGAUUGAAAACACAAUCCAUUUUGUUGUUGUUCUUUUUUGAGUGCUGACAGUGUACUUAGCACUCUGCAUUGGCUUGCAAAAUAACUGGACAGACAGUACAGUUCAAAGACAUAACACAACAGAUGACCAACUAAUCUCAAAAUAGUGCACAUAAGUGUUUCUUACUACUUUUAGCAAAUUAUCAUUGAAAGCCUUUAUCUUUUGGACAUAUACUAUUGUGAAUCAUUGUUACUAACAGGAAACCUAUAGAAAAUUUAUUUCAAAUAUAAAACUUCCAGGUUUA